AUGACAGCCAACGGUACAAUUAAGCGAAACCCCCUCACCAAGGGAGUCUAUGUGCCCACAGUGGCAUUCUUCAAGCCAGAUGAAGAGGUAGACCUGGCGACCACUGAGAAACACGCCGCAUACCUAGCCCGCAGUGGCGUUACUGGCUUGGUUACCCAGGGCAGUAAUGGCGAGGCAGUGCACUUGGAUCGUGAAGAGCGCAAGGCCAUUACAGCCGUGACCCGUCGCGCCGUGGAUGCUGCAGGCUAUUCAUCGAUGCCUGUAAUUGCUGGUUGUGGUGCCGCAUCCACCCGCGAGACUAUCCAGCUUUGCAAAGACUCCGGCGAGGCUGGCGCCGACGCCGUGCUGGUCCUUCCUCCUAGCUACUACAAAGCCCUUGUGAGCAACGAGGCUCUUCACGCACAUUUCGUGGCUGUGGCCGAUGCGUCGCCAGUCCCUGUCCUCAUUUAUAACUUUCCCGGCGCCUCUUCGGGGCUGGACCUGUCCUCGGAUGACAUUCUUGCGUUGUCCCAGCACCCCAAUAUCAUCGGGUGCAAGCUUACCUGUGGUAACACGGGCAAACUGACUCGUGUUGCUGCCUCUUCCAAGCCGGAGUUUUUGACUUUUGGUGGAUCGGCUGAUUUCACUCUUCAGACUCUUAUCGCUGGUGGUGACGGUAUCAUCGGAGGAGUUGCGAACCUCAUCCCUCGGUCAAGUGUGCGCGUGAUGGAGCUGUACCGCAGCGGAAAGGUUGAGGAGGCGCAAAAAUUGCAAGCUAUUGUUGCGCGGGCUGAUUGGGGUGCCAUCCAUGGUGGAUUCGUUGCUGUAAAGAGUGCUUUGCAAUCUUACCGUGGAUAUGGUGGACUGCCCCGUCGUCCUUGCGUUGUGCCGUCCCAGAAGGCCAUUGCGGCCAUUCAUGAGGAGUUCCGAGAGGGAAUGGAGACGGAGAAGUCGCUGGAGGCUUGA